AGUGUUUGUUUCUCUUUCUCCCACCUAUACACAAAUCUUACAAAAAUUUCCAAAAAAACAACACACAUACGAAAACCAAAAUCAAGAAACACAUACAAGAUUUCCUCAAUCUGAGGAAAAACACAACACAGACACACAUACAUCCCACAUCAAGAACCUUCACUUUCACUGACACCAUCUGAAAAACUCCUGGCACAAAUCCCAAGAAACAGCAAUGUCAUCAUCAUCACCAACAUCAACACAAUCAGAAAAACAAACCCUUUUCAUUGCAUCCUUAAUCAUCUUUUGGUACUCAUCCAACAUUGGUGUCCUUCUCCUUAACAAGCUGUUACUCUCAAACUAUGGUUUUUCUUUCCCGAUUUUCCUAACAAUGUGUCAUAUGUCAGCAUGUGCUGUACUUAGUUAUGUUUCAAUUGUUUUCUUGAAAAUUGUGCCAUUUCAAAGGAUCAGAUCAAGAUCUCAGUUUUUAAGAAUUGCUACACUUAGUAUUGUGUUUUGUGGUUCUGUUGUUGGUGGGAAUAUUUCAUUGAGGUAUCUUCCUGUUUCAUUCAAUCAAGCUGUUGGUGCAACAACACCUUUUUUUACAGCUUUGUUUGCUUAUAUGAUCACUCAGAAGAGAGAAGCUUGGACUACUUAUGGUUGCCUUGUUCCUGUUGUUGCUGGUGUUGUUAUUGCUAGUGGGGGUGAACCAAGCUUCCACCUUUAUGGAUUUAUCAUGUGUAUAAGUGCAACUGCCGCUAGAGCCUUUAAGUCUGUUCUUCAAGGCGUUCUUCUUUCCAAUGAAGGGGAAAAGUUGAACUCCAUGAAUCUACUGCUCUACAUGUCGCCAAUUGCCGUUCUAGCUUUAUUGCCUGCAACACUCAUAAUGGAGCCCAAUGUGAUAGAUGCCACUAUUACACUUGCUAUGACGCAUAGACACCUAGUUCUACUUAUUUUGAUCAAUUCUAUAAUGGCAUAUGGGGCCAACUUGUUGAACUUUUUGGUAACCAAGCAUACUAGUGCAUUGACACUCCAGGUCCUGGGGAAUGCCAAAGGUGCCGUGGCUGUUGUGAUCUCGAUUCUUCUUUUCCGCAAUCCUGUUACUUUUAUUGGCAUUGCGGGCUAUGCAAUGACCGUCAUGGGGGUUGUUGCUUAUGGGGAAUCCAAGAGAAGAAGCAAAUGAGCUCAGACACGACCAUUUUGCUGAAGUCGUGAGUCCCCAGUUUUGUUUCUUGAACAUUAGAUGCACGGUAGAGUUACUGAUACAUGGAUCAUCAUUGCAAUAGCCGAUAGAUCAAGUGACGAAAUGGAUAAAGUGGUGGGGGACUUGGAAAUCAUUUCUAUUCGUCCCUUUUGUUCAACAUGAUUGGAUGUAUGCAGUUGUAUCAGUUUCUCUGUUAUUGCGCUAAAGUUAUAGGGGACGGGGGAUGGGAACUGUUAAAAUUUUUCUGUUGUAUUCUUUUUGCCGACGAGUCAUAGGAUGUAUGUAGUAUCAGAUGAUAUGCUGUUACAGUUUGAGCAAUAUAACCUCUUAUUGCUUCUCA